CCUGUGGGAGGAGAGACAAAAAGAUUUCCAUCUUGCGUGAGAACAAACCAACAUAGUUAAAAUUUGAAACUUCUCUCACAGAGAACGAUAGAUAUUCCGCAUGCACCAGCGUUGGAAAGCUUCACUACCGGCUCUAUUGCUUCCAUUUCAUUAUCUUUCUACAAUUAUACAACCCACGGUUGUGAUCGCAUUGGAAUCGAAAUUGCCGAGACAAAAGUACUUCAAGCCUUUCAGACCYCUAACCUCUUCGCUGCGUUCGCCGUCCUGKCUUUUGACAAUCAAGCAGAACCCGGGAGAUAGUGCAGAUAGUGGUAGCAAGGUCAUCGACAUGAUUUUACGGGUUCGUUCGAAUCUCGGAACAGUGAAACUCACAAUAGAGGAUGAGUUGAACGCGACCGAGUCCACCAUUCGAACUGCAAUGAUAGAGGAACAGCAACGCAAAACGGGAAAGAUGUUCAAGAUCACACAAAACCUAAGUUUCGAUCCUUCUGGGUUGCACCGGAUCAACACAUCAAAAAGUUUGAAGRAGCAAGGUAUCCGGCACGGAAGCAUGGUGUACUGUCGCCUCGAAGAGGAUAUUUCUAAAGAUCGGGUGUUGAUGGAUAAUAGCGAUGGCGUCGCUCAAGACAAAUACGAGGAGGAAAAGAAACCAGGACAAUCUGCUGAAAAAAAGCCCUCAAGCAAUGAUGUCAUCGAUUUGAUGGACAGCAGCGAUGAAGAAGAUACAGCUGUCAACCAAAAACCAAGAGGCGACMUUCAUGACGACGACGACGUCGUCGUAGUGAUAAGCCCUCCCAGAAGCGGAAAUGUCCACAAAAAGCAAAGUAGCGACAAGAAAGAUUCACAAGUCCGCAAACGGAAACGAUUGGAGACGAACAGUGCUUCGAACCACACGAAACCGAAAGCCACCAUGGAUGCGUCAAAUAUUGACAGCAAUCCUUCGAACUUUCAGAUCGCGUCGUAUAAUGUUUGGUUUGGGCCACCAGAUCCAGAAGCGAAGGACGUAUUUCCGAAGCAAAGAAUGGCAGGUAUUGUCAAAAGUCUUCGGGCAGCUUCUAUAAUGAAAGAUCUGAAGGAAGGAAUUGUCUCUCCCCUUUUGUUUGUGGGCCUGCAAGAGUUGACGCCUCCUCUCGUCAAGUAUUUGACACCUCAUUUCGAUAGUAUUGGUUAUCGAAUAUGCACUCAACCAAUCGGAAGCUUUGGACCAUCCUACGGAAUCGGGAUUGCGSUUCCCAAAGAUCUGGCUAUACUGGAUCGCCAAUUUGUACCGUAUUCCAACUCUAUACAAGGCCGAGGAUUCUUGUUUAUACGGACGCAGACCAUGCUGUUCGCGACAACCCACCUCGAAAGCUGGUGCGGGCCGCAGUUUACUGGCAGCAAGGAAAGGGAGGUACAAUUGGCCGAUGCAGCGAAAUUUUGUCGGGAUCAGCUGAACUCGGUGGCUGGGUUGGAGCUGGCUGUGAUCUUGGGAGACCUCAACUGGGACGACGAGCGCAAAACGAAACGAAGCGAGCCGGCAAACCAGGAAUUGCUAUCUCUGUUGCCAAAAGGAUGGAAGGAUGCCGGGACCCCGUUUGAUUACACCUACGAUCAAAAAGAAAAUCCCAUGCUAAGCGGAAAUUUGCGACGACGAUUUGAUCGUUGUAUAUACACAACAAAACAAGGGAAAGAAUUCAGGAGUACGGGACUGCAAAAAAUUGGAAAGGAAACUAUUCCUAAUCUCGUUUGGGACAAAAAGAAUCCCUACAACGGGACCAUUAGAAAAAUGCCCGUUAGUCCGAGUGAUCACUUUGGCAUCGUGAUAUCCUUCUCGAAUGCACCAUGACCUCUCUUCACAUGCCAUUCUAAAUUUCAUAAAAUUGUUUCAUUAGU